GGAGGAUCAAUCAAUGGAUAAUUUUGUGGUGACGUCGAGGCCCAGUUUGGGCCCUGGACUAGGGCCUUUGACCGGGGCCUGGCUCAGGAACAGGCACAGAAACAGGCACAGGCAACAGGAACAGGAAACACGCAGGCUCGAGCCAGGACCACCCGUUGCCAAAUCCAGGUCCCAGCUGUCAUCUGAUACACCUUACAGGUGCUGCCACUCAGAUGAGGGCUGCGUUUCGUUUCGUAUCUAGUUAGGCCUAGAUCUUGGCCUCUCUCGCGAUGUAUGCCUUUUUCCUCACGUUGAGACUCGGACUCGAGGUUCGAGGCUCUUACCUGCAUCACACGGUGCUCUCAGCUCCAAGGACUAUUGUGCCAGUCAAGACACUGGCGAGGACGCAUGCCCAAUCAACCGAAACAAGGCCCAGAUCUAGAAUUGAUAAUGCCCGCAAAAGGAAAAAAAAAAUUGACAUGGUCCAUCCUGCCGCAGAUGGGACAUGCAUGCACUCAAGCUCGCGCUCGCGCUCAACCUGCCUACGCUCUCACGAGUUCACGCUUUUCGCGUCGCAGGACAAGACAGUGUUGGUUGUCAGGCGAGACACCUGCACUCGCAGUCACAAACACGCAGCACGCCAGCGUCAAGAAAGCGUUCUGGGCCCGAAUCUCCAGGGCUGACCCCUCACAGGUUUGCUUUUUUCUUGCAAGUUGUGCUCGCGCAGGCUAGGAGCUAAGAGGUUUCCUUUGUCCUACACUUCAGCCUGCCAGGCCGCGCCGCACAUCGGUCCCACCGUGCAGGCACCCCGGUCUCCAUCUGCCAGCGUGGACUGUGGGCGUGACUACCCCCCCCGGACGCAGGGAUGUGGCAUGUCGAUGUAAUUGAAUUGGAUGACUGAAAAGAAAGAAGAGUCAAUAGAUGGCUGGCUGGGCCGGCUGGCAGCAUGGGAGAUG